AUGAGGCUACAAUCAUUGUUGCCGCAGGUGUGUCUGCUUCUUUCAGCCCUGCAAUCCGGUGCUGUUGCAGCUUCGUGGACCUUUGCAGAUGGCUCCAUCAGUGUCGCGGCCAAAGGCGCAGGAGUUGGAGGUGGCUUCAAGGAAACGCUUACUCCUUCGAAACCUCUCACCACGCCAGUGAAGCUGGGCUCAGCCGACACACUCAAGGUGAUCUUGACGACGCAGGAGGGCCAGUCGGCGAAACGGCCCCAUCAAGCAUUCCUGCUCUUGCAAGACCCAGCCAAGAAACUUGACGUCUCCUAUCCCUUCAGCAUCAAAGAGUCGGGAAAGGCAAAGGUCGAGCUGUCCCAUAAGGACCUGCCGCUCCAGUUGCUCCGCUCAUCAUAUCCUUUGAGUGCGUCUAUCGUCAUUGCCUCCUUUGGCUCCGCGGAGGGGUACAACAGCAAAGCCUUUCCCUUGACGAUUGAGCUCGAUCCGAAUGUCCCUAUCCCCGUUGCAGAGAAACCACUCCGCUACGGAAAACUGCCCGAGAUACACCAUAUCUUCCGACCAGACCCGCAGAGCCCAAACGUCGUCAUCAGCCUGGUCUUCCUCGGUGCGGUGCUGGCUACAGUGCCUGCCCUGCUUGGAGCUUUCCUGUACCUUGGCGGCAAUAUCAACCACCUCGGCAAAGCACUAUCCAGCGCACCAGUUUCCCAUACAUUAUUCCUUGGCUCGAUUGUGGGCAUCGAAGGAGUCUUCUUUCUCUACUACACUGUUUGGAAUCUUUUCAAGACACUUCCGGUGUUGUUGGCUUUGGGUGUUGUGGCCUUCCUUUCAGGAAGCAGGGCGCUCACAGAAGUCCAGGAACGUCGGUUGGCUGGACUGCGAUGA